AUGACGUGCAAUAUUGUUCAAUCAUUGUGUCAUGUUCCAUCCUCCGUUGCUAAUCACAAUUCAUCGAAUCCACAUGAAAACGCUCCCGACCAUUUCGUCACCGACGGUGAGCAAUCUAAUAAGAUGAGCAUGGCCAAGCCACGGUUGGAUGUUACUGAGGUUGGAAGUGAAGAGAUGGAUCUUGGUUACGGGAUUUGGACUCUAGUUUUAUCCUGUAUUGUCAUGUUUGGGACAGCUAUGCCACUAUUGGAUGUUGCUGAGGUUGGAAGUGAAGAGAUGGAUCUUGGUCACAAGGUACCGGAUCGCGGUUGCCUUCAGGAAGACGAAAUACCAAGUGUUGGAAUGCACUACGCAAAGAAAGUAGGGUUUGCAAAUAAGAUACAGACGACAACAUGUGAUAGGAUCACAAAGCAACCCAUUAACCAAGCUAUCCACUGUAAUAGGGAUGGGUUUCGCGGGUCUCGUGUCAAAGCGUCAACGCGGAAGAACACAAUUUUAGCUGCUAGGUGCAAGGCAAGGAUAUAUGUGAAGUUUGUUAAGGAGAAGCAAGAGUGGGUUUUCUUGAAGGUUGAGUUGAGGCACUUGCACCCAUAUUCAGCGAGAAAGGCAAUGCACUACCAUGAGUAUAAGAAGCUGACCAUGCAUGCAAAGUGCGUGAUCGGAGAUAAUGAUGAGGCUGGGAUUCGACUAAACAAGACUUUCCUAGCUUUGGCAAAUGAGGCUGGGGGCCCGUCUAACCUAGGAUUCUUAGAAAAGAAUUUAAGAAACUAUAUUACAGCAAGGCUCCGAACCAGCAACGUGAAUGCAGAUGUUAGGGAGAUGAUGAACUACUUCAUGAGAAUGAAGAACAUCAAUCCAAACUUCUUCUACGCGGUAAAUUUGGACGAGGAGUGUAAAUUUCAGAGUGCAGUGUGGGUGGAUGCAAGGUGUAGGGCGUUGUACCAAUAUUACGGAGACGUUGUGUCAGUUGAUAGCACAUACAUUACAAACAGGCAUAGAUUACCGUUUGCGUCGUUCGUCGGUGUCAACCACCAUGAUAAGUGGACCCUCCUUAGUUGUGCUCUUCUUAGAAAUGAGAAAAUCCCAAGUUAUGAGUGGGUUUUCAGCCAAUGGGUGAAGUGCAUGGGAACUGUUCCACAACGGAUCAUCACCGAUCAAUGCAGAUCCAUUUUUUGUGCGAUCAGAAAUGUGUUACCUGAUACAUGCCACCGGUGGUGGAUCUGGGACAUUACAAAGAAGUUACCGCACAAGCUUGGAGGUUACCUCCGGUACAGAGAGUUGUAUGAUGAUCUCAAUGAUAUUGUGUGA